AUGCCUUCGUUUAGAAAAUUGAUAUAUAAUUAUAGUAUAACAUUAGAUCAACCAAAGAGCCCUCAGUUCACUUCCACAAUUCGACAUCUACGGGGAUUACGACAGAACUUACGAAAAUCUGUUCCUCUUAAUCAUUGGCUCUUUUCUGCUCAUGAGCGAACACGCAAACAUCAGAAGAUCACCGUCGAUGUUGUUCAAGAGCAAUCAAACGAUGAGGGCCCUCAUAGUAAUCAAAUUCAAAAAUCAAUAAAUGUUGACGAGGUGGACAUUCGUAACAAGUUAAUCGCAGUUUUGGACGCAAAAGACAAAACCUACAUGUCAGUAUACCUUAUGGAAUCAUAG